GAGAUGGAGGUGAAAGAGGAGCCGGCCAGCCUCCACAGCGUGCCAGCCACAAACAAAAAGUAGAUUUUUGUUUGUUUGUUUUGUUUGUUUCAUUUUCUCACCAGCCUAAAAUUAGCUUUAGUUUAUUCUAAUAACAAAAUCCAAGUGCAGCUCUGAGGGGAUGCCAUCCAUGCGUCCAAAUUAAAUCUGUUUUUUUUUUUUAUGUUUUACUCGUGCUAUCGCAGCGAUUUUUUUAAAAUGUGUGCAUUCUGGAUGUGAUUUUUAUUCUGUUGGAACAAACAAAGCCUCUCCAGGUUUGUGAGAGCAGCGCGUCAUUCUUUCAGUGGAGGAGCAGAGAAAAGGGGGGGCUGCGUGUUUGUCAUCCGGAGGAGCCGCGGCAGGAUUCCUCAGCAGCUCCUUCUGCGGUUUUUUCUUUUUUUGUUGUUGUUUGAAAGAACUGAUGAACUUCUAGACGCAGCAAGAGGACUAAGAUCCACAUUUAUCUCCUGAUCACGAUUUGACUUAAAGUCUUUCCCAGUGGCAGGCAGGUGGAAUCCCCCAACCCCCACCCAUCGACCCCCUCUGUGCCGUUGCGCGUAUCGUGACCCGCGGGUUCUUUUGGCUGCUGAGAGGGAACUGGGCUCAAGUUAGAAGAGGAGGAGGAGGAGGAGGAGGAGGGCACCGAACGAGAAGGAGGUGAGAGGAACACUUCAGAACCAAGGACAGAUCCAGAACAGCUGGCUGCUCAAACAUGCUCAAAGUGAACAUCUGCGCCCCUCGUGCAGCUCUCCUCGCGGGUUUCUGUGGGUGCCACUGAUCCGCAGCCUCGUGCGCACAAGAUCUGCGGGAAGCUUCGCUUUUUGUUGUUGUUUUUGUUGAAAAGAUCCAGCCUGCCUCCCUGAUCCAGACAUCACAACUCCUGGAUUUACCAGACAUGCUGUACUCAUUAGGUGAAGAUUUGAAAGUAAUCUGCCUUCAGACUCUGUAAAGCUCCACUCGUUUCUCCUUCAACCAGCUAAGUCUUCCAACCUGACAGGAUGCAGCAAGCGCUGCUCGGCACCAAGUGGUGGGGUGGUUCUGCCCUUUACUGGCCUCUCCACAUGUUCCUGCUGGAGAUGCUGACACCAGGAGUCCUGCCCAGCAUCUCCAGAUUACCACCCUCAGCCAAGCGGGAGAUCAUCAUCGAUGGGGACUUGGUGAUCGGAGGCUUGUUCCCCGUGCAUGAAAAAGGCGACGGGACGGAGGACUGUGGGAAGAUCAACGAGGAGAGAGGGAUCCAGAGGCUGGAGGCCAUGCUGCUGGCCCUCGAUGAGAUCAACUCCAGCGACCGCAUCCUUCCUGGACUGGAGCUGGGCGCCCACAUCCUGGACACCUGCUCCAAGGACACGUAUGCUCUGGAGCAGUCUCUAGAUUUCGUCAGGGCCUCCCUCACCAAGGUGCACGACCCAGGCUUCAUCUGCCCUGACGGCUCCAGACCCAUCCAAAACGAGGUGCCGCUGGCCAUUUCUGGAGUUAUUGGAGGGUCCUACAGUGACGUCUCAAUUCAGGUGGCCAACCUCCUGCGUUUGUUCCAAAUACCUCAGAUCAGCUAUGCCUCCACCAGUGCAAAGCUCAGUGACAAAACCCGCUAUGACUAUUUUGCCCGAACCGUUCCGCCAGACUUCUACCAGGCCAAGGCCAUGGCCGAGAUCCUGCACUACUUCAACUGGACUUACGUGUCAACAGUAGCGUCAGAAGGUGACUACGGUGAGACGGGCAUCGAUGCCUUCCAGCAGGAGGCCCGAAGUCGUCAGAUCUGCAUUGCAACUUCAGCUAAAGUGAGCCGCUCCAUGAAUCGCCAGAGCUAUGAGAACGUGAUCCGCUCUCUGCAGCAAAAGUCCAACGCCAAGGUGGUCAUCCUGUUCACCCGCAGCGAGGACGCCCGUGAGCUGCUGGUUGCUGCAGCUCGAAUGAAUGUCAGCUUCAUCUGGGUGGCCAGCGACGGAUGGGGGGCACAGGAGAGUGUGGUGAGGGGCAGCGAGACUGCAGCCGACGGGGCCUUUACCAUUGAGCUGGCCUCCUAUCGAAUCAGAGAGUUCGAAGAUUAUUUUACCAAGCUGAACCCAUACACCAACACAAGGAACCCAUGGUUUAAGGAGUUCUGGGAACACCGAUUUAGCUGCAGCCUUCAAGAGCCCAGCUGCAGCGAGCACAGCUUACGAGAUGGGACUUUUGAACAGGAGUCCAAGAUCAUGUUUGUGGUGAAUGCGGUCUACGCCAUGGCUUACGCUCUGCACAACAUGAGGCAGGCAGUUUGCUCCAACGCAUCCAAGGUCUGCGAUGCCAUGAAACCAGGCAAUGGCAAACGAUUCUACAAGGAGUUCAUUUUAAAGACCAAGUUUGAAGCUCCUUUCAGACCUGUCGACACAGAGAGCAUGGUACGUUUCGACUCUGUAGGAGACAGCAUCAGCCGUUACAACAUCUUUCAUUACCACAAGGAAGAGGGCAAGUUUACCUACAAGAAGGUCGGCUACUGGGACCAGAUACUGACCCUGAACACAUCCAUGGUACCCUGGCGUGGCACCGUCCCUCCUACCUCUCAGUGUAGUGACCCCUGUAGGAAGAAUGAGAUAAAGAGCAUGCAGCCUGGAGAUGUGUGCUGUUGGAUCUGUAUUCCAUGUCAACCUUACCAGUACCUGCAGGAUGAGUUCACCUGUGCUGACUGCAGCUUUGGUCAGUGGCCUCUGGCUAACUUGACUGGCUGUUACGAUCUGCCUGAGGAAUAUAUCCGCUGGGAGGAUGCCUGGGCUAUUGGGCCUGUUACCAUCUCUAUUCUUGGCAUAUUGUGCACCCUGACCAUCGUGGGUGUGUUCUUGAAGCACAAUGAAACACCUGUGGUCAAAGCGAGUGGACGUGAGCUCUCCUACAUCCUGCUGAUGGGAGUGCUGAUGUGCUACAGCAUCACCUUCAUCUACAUCGCCAAGCCUUCCACGGCUGUCUGCACGCUUCGCAGACUGGGCCUGGGCACCUCGUUCGCAGUGUGUUACUCCGCGCUACUAACCAAGACCAACCGCAUUGCUCGGAUCUUCAGCGGAGUGAAGGAUGGAGCCCAGCGGCCACGCUUCAUCAGCCCGGCCUCCCAGUUAGCAAUAUGCGGUGCUCUGAUCUCCUGCCAGCUGCUGGUGGCCAUUAUCUGGCUGUUGGUGGAGGUGCCCGGGGUUCGGAAGGAGGUGACCCCAGAAAGGAGGAAUGUGGUCACCCUCAAGUGCAACAGCAGGGACACCAGUAUGCUCGUGUCUCUCACCUACAACUGCAUCCUCAUAAUCCUCUGCACGGUCUACGCKUUCAAGACCAGAAAGUGUCCCGAAAACUUCAAUGAGGCCAAGUUCAUUGGUUUUACGAUGUACACCACCUGCAUCAUCUGGCUCGCCUUCCAGCCCAUUUUCUACGUCACGGCCAGUGACUACAGGGUUCAGACCACCACCAUGUGCAUCUCUGUCAGUCUGAGUGGUUCUGUGGUUCUCGGCUGCCUGUUUGCCCCCAAAAUCCACAUCAUCCUGUUCCAACCCCAGAAAAACGUGGCCUCACUCAGAGUCACAGCAAGCCGCUUCAGCGCCACAGUUUCUACGUCUGCUUCUGCUCCCAGCUCCAGCUACUCUAAAGGAUCAGCCUCUAACUACGUGCCAGCAGUGUGUAACGGCCGCGAGGUGGUGGACUCCACAACAUCCUCUUUGUGAGAUAAAAAAAAAGUUCCUCUCUAAGCACAACAUCGGUCAUCUUUCCAUCAAACAGGACCCUGAGUGAUGGACCGACCUCCCCCAACAUCAUCUCACAUGUUGCAGCGAUAACUGUCAGGGGAAAGUGACCGGCGGCAGCGAACAUAACUAACUGUGAAAAUUAAUUGAUGUUCCUACAUCCAGCAGUAUGUAUCAACUGUAAAGCCUUUUUUGUAUAGAUUUUAAAUGCUGUGAUCUCCUUGGUUUACAGAUAGAUGUGAUUACUUGCUCCGUGCCUUGUCCUAAAGAGUCUCAUCGUCAAAUGGGUGGUAAUAGUGUAAUACAAAAAGGCUGUUUUUUUCCUUUCGUCAUAACAGUGCUGUGAAUAUAUCCUGAUGUUAUAAACUUGCUAAAAAUGCUAUGAAAUAAGUAACAUUACUGUUAAAAUGUGAUUAAUUACAAGGAAUGAAUAAAACUAGGCAACUAGACACUAUAAAGUAUGUGUUACUGUAGACUAGUGUGUUUUUCUUGUAAUUUAUGUAAAUAAGAUGUUUUCUAAUUAAAAACACUCAGUUCUAA